UUUUUCUUUUUUUUUUUCUUUUGCCGGGUGGGUGGUGGGAGGUGGAGGAGAGAGCACUUAACAUCUUAACAUUUGGAAGAGGUUAUUCCGAAAAAUAUUCUGACAGUUGGGAAUGCUCAAGGCCCCCCGGAUGACGCGCUGUCGCCAGUGUGGGCAGCUGAGAGUCGAAUGAUCCCGGCCCUGGUACACUUGGGUCCGGAAAAUGCCUAAAGGCAGGCUUGGCCUUUGAGUGCCCCCAGCCCCGGGUUAGGGGUUCCCGGCCAAAGGGCGAGUCGGGGGCACGCGGCUCAGCCCCGGCAUGGAUUUUCCGCUUGAAGUUGCCUGCGCGUCAUAAGAGCGAAAUGUCAGAGGUACCUGUCCCAGGCUAGCGCGCGCACGCAAGGCGGCCACUUAAGCAGCACUGAGGAAAGUGGGGUUCCGUGUCUUCCCCAACCCAACACACACAACCGGCGCGCCGGCGUGGCCCCCCGGGAGGAAGGCAAGCAUUUCCCCGCAGAGCACAAGUCCUACACCUUGCCGGUCAGAGCUGUCAGUGGCUGAAGCCUCGUCCCGCUCAACUUCCAAGGUUCCCUGAGCUGCCAAGCACAGGAAAGCGCCCCUGUAACCGAGCAGCUCUGCAGCGAGGGAGGAUGAUUUUGCAGAGGAAAUGGGUUAUUUCCUUCUCGGUGGUUUUUUUCUUUCCUGUUUGUUUUUGCAACUAAGCCCCCACCCACCCCAAAGACAGGUGACAGAAGUGUGUCAGGUGGCAUAUACAAUGUCACCAAACGUGGGGUGGGGUGCUGGGGGUGGGCGCGUUAGUCUUAGCAAAAGCUCCCCAGAGCCAACUGGGGAAUAGCAAUUACAACUUGUCAACCUGCAAGCUAGUUUUGUUUGCACUCUUAGACACUCGGUGCCAGCGCUUUCUCCAAAGACGUGGUUUCUGCCCUGGGAAUGAGAUUUCUCCGUGAUCUUACUGUUUUGCAAAUCAUAGUAUGAUGAGUGUCUUGUUUGCAAAAAAGACCCAAGUGCUUAUGCUGAAGUCGCUAAGUGAUGCAUCUCCCCAUGACCCAAGCACCAUUACGUGGCAUUUGGGGGGGGGGUCAACAAUACAUCCUGCCUGGGACACAGAAAUACCUCUUCUCAUAAUUAAGGGAAGGGUGACCAAGGGAGGGAGUUACAGUAUGUAAAUAAACAACGCAGCCAAGUGGAAAAGCUCUGUCUUAAUGAGUACCACUAACCCUGAGCUUUCCUUCUCUGGUUUCCAAAAAAGGGACUUUCUCAGUGGAACUCCUAAAGAGGACAAUUAGGGGCUCAGUAUUAUGAUCUUAGAAAAAAGGUGAAGCAGUUGUAGCCAGUGAUUGAGAACUGCUGAGGCAGCCUUCCAGGUCAGGUUUGGGAUUUUUUUUUUUAAUAUAGAAUUCAAAUGAACUUCACCUAAAUACAGAAUGAUUUUGACAACUGGGGCCGGAAACAACUUGUCCGAAGCUGUUAUCCAGGCUACGCCUUUAAGAAGAAUGGAGAUUGGCAAUGCAUUGCCUGGGCUUUGCCUGUAUGGCCACCAGCAGCCACCAUUUCCAUCCAAAGGCUGCACUUUGAGCUGACCCUGGAUUAACACUGAUGGUCUAUAUAAUAAUCUAAUCCAUCCUUCAUGCCUCAGGUCAAAUUCUGUUCUUAAUAAAUCAAAUCAGUGGAAUUCCCAGGUAUAGCAGCUUCACAAGCCUUGGCAGAACACUUAUUUAUGUAAAGUUAUGACAACCAAAUGCUCAUAGGACAUACUCCAAACUGCCCAACAUAUGUUGUUCUCCUUCCUAUGGAAGAACAUUUACAGAAGACAAGAUGGCUGCCAGGAACCAGUAUUCAGAAUCACAGUUACAUAGUUGAAAGAGCCUUCAGACUGCCAUGUUUAACCCCUGCUUUCACAGAUGAUAGAAUUUAGAGAUUAAAUGUUUCCCCCAGGACUGUGCAGCCAGUUAGUGGUCAAUUCACAAAUAACACCCAAGGGCCUGAAGAAGACAAACCCCUGCAUGGGCUUUGCCUCCCAGGACUCAUCAUAGGUUGAGAAAGUUUAAAGGGUGGCUUAGAGCAAGUCAGGGUCAAAGGCUAUCAUAGAAUUGAUUACAGGUUCUCCGGGGAGGAAUCUAGCUCAGCUCCCUCGUUUACCUUUUGAGAACACACUGACCAUCCGGGAGCAAAGUGAUUCGCCCAAGGCCCAGGGCCACUCAGCUGGCCUCACCAGCUAGAUUCCCCACACAGUAAACUCAUAUCCCUUCUCAUCACAUGAAAUCACAUGACCAUAAAACCAACACCAGCAGAUAUUUCCCUAUUCUGGAAUCUGUAGAGGCUUCUAAGUAACUGAGUUUGGAGUUCAGGCCUUGCUUUUUUGCUCUGUAGAGGUCAACAAGUUUGUUAAGCCAGGUGGCCUGCUGAAUCAGUGGAAGAAAGGAAAGGUGUCCAGUCCAGGAAAGCACCGAUUCUGCAACCAGGGACUUCCUCACGUGAUAACUCGGUUUGCUAAGGAUAGAGCAGUGCAUUGCUUCAGGAGCACCCCGACUCAUGCUCUGUUCAGUAAACUGUUACUGAGCACCUACUGUGUGCCAAACGAGCUACCCGGCACUCGGUCUAGAAAGAGCUGCUGACUAUCCUAUAGGUUGCUGCGCUGUGUGAUCCUGUGCAAAAUGCAGAAGUCAUCAUCCAGUACAUUUUAGAAACCAGGUUACUCUAUUAUUCUAUAGUGUGGUCUUAUCUUCAAAGCUAAAUGGAAUGCAAUAGAGGAGGCUUUAGGAUGAUAAAGGCAUAAACUUUAAAGCAAGAGUGGGUUCAGGGGAAAGAAGGGGGGUCAUGUUUAUGGUAUUCCCAGUAAUAAGGUUUCUGCCCUCCAAAAACCCAAGAAUGCAGGUGAAAGUUAUAUUUGGAUCUAGCUACAAGCGAGUACCACAGAGGUAAACAAAGCUGUAAAAACACAAAGGGAUCGGACACCCAGAAGGGGCUCAGAAAGUAAACAAGUAGAGCAUCAAAAGGCUGCCCUCUUCUAUCCGGCUGUCAUACAUCAGAUCCCACCAACGUGCAGCUGCUUCUCACCCACCUUUCCAAGCACCAUCUAGCAUGUCCACUUUCUUCCUACCACCCUGGUUUCACUGGGCCACCAGCUUUGACCUGAGGCAUCAGAUUAAGAAUGACCGAGAAGAAAUCACGGCUUUGUUGCAGAGCCAAUGUCUAUACUCAAGUGCCUGAUGGAGGAUGGGGCUGGGCAGUAGCUGUGUCUUUUUUCUUCAUUGAAGUCUUUACCUAUGGGGUCAUCAAGUCAUUUGGUGUCUUCUUUAAUGACUUAAUGGACAGUUUUAAUGAAUCUAAUAGCAGGAUCUCAUGGAUAAUAUCAAUAUGUGUGUUUAUCUUAACAUUUACAGCUCCCCUCUCCACCGUCCUGAGCAGUCGUUUCGGACACCGCCUGGUGGUGAUGGCGGGAGGACUGCUUGUUAGCACAGGAAUGGUGGCAGCCUCCUUUUCUCGUGAGGUCUACCACAUGUACAUUGCAAUUGGCGUCAUCUCUGGUUUGGGAUACUGCUUUAGUUUUCUCCCAACUGUCACCAUUCUGUCACAGUACUUUGACAAAAGACGCUCUGUGGUCACUGCAGUUGCUUCCACGGGAGAAUGCUUUGCUAUGUUUGCUUUUGCACCAGCAUUCACGGCUCUGAAGGAGACGAUUGGCUGGAGGUACAGUCUCUUCCUCACCGGCCUACUGCAGUUAAACAUUGUCGUCUGCGGGGCCCUGCUAAAACCAAUUAUAAUCAGAGGACCGGGGUCACCGAAAAUAACUGGACAGGAAAAUCCGAAAGAAGUACAAUAUAUGCUUGAAAAUGAGAAAACGCACACCUCAAUAGAUUCCAUUGACUCAGGAGUAGAACUAACUACCUCACCGAAAAAUGUGCCUAGUCACGCUAACAUGCAGCUGGAGCCGAAGGCCGACGUGCAACAACAGACCCAGGAGAAGACCCCCUCCAAGCAAAAGGAGAAGCAAGUCCCGCUGCUGGACUUCUCAAUCUUGAAAGAGAAAAGUUUCAUUUGUUAUGCGUUAUUUGGUCUCUUUGCAACAUUGGGAUUCUUUGCACCUUCCUUGUACCUCAUUCCCUUGGGCAUCAGUCUGGGCAUUGAAAAGGACCGCGCUGCUAUUCUGUUAUCUACACUGGCAAUUGCUGAAGUCUUUGGAAGAAUUGGAGCUGGUUUGGUCCUCAACAGACAGCCGAUUCGUAAGAUCUACAUUGAGCUCAUCUGCGUCAUCUUGCUGACCGUGUCUCUGUUUGCCUUUACUUUUGCUACCGAAUUCUGGGGUCUCAUGUCCUGUAGCAUAUUUUUUGGUGUUAUGGUUGGAACAGUAGCAGGCACCCACAUUCCGCUGCUCUCUGAAGAUGAUGUCGUGGGAAUUGAGAAGAUGCCUUCUGCUGCUGGAGUCUACGUCUUCAUUCAGAGCAUAGCAGCACUGGGGGGCCCACCCCUUGCAGGUCUGCUGGUGGACCACAGUAAGAUCUACAGCAGAGCCUUCUACUCCUGCGCAGCUGGUAUGUCCGUGGCCGCUGUGUGCCUCGCGUUUGUGAGACCCUGUAAAAAGGGACUGUGCCAGAGUCAUCAUGCAGGUGAACUAAAGGCAGAGAGUUACCGUGGGAGAGCUUUACAAGACACACCUGAAGACUUUCUGGAAAUGGACCUUGGGAAAAAUGAGCAUAGAGUUCCUAUGAAAACGGAGCCUGUAUGACAGGCUUUCAUGGAACACUGGCCACCUGCUGGCUGG